AUGGCCAAGCUGUGGAUUCCUCUUGUGCUGUUGGCUCUGUUGCAGCGGACCCGCGCCGGCCCCAACGACUGCGAUCAACAGCCAAGUUCAGUGCCGCCUCCCGUUCUCGAUGCGAGUCUGGGGAACCGGCGUCCGGAACACGUGCCCAGGAAAAGUGCUCCGAGGCCACCGUCACACUUCUUUCGAAAAGCGCAAGGCGACCCGCCGGCAGACUUUGGCAAAACAAGCCUGGAAUGGAAGCGGUGGGGCGGCUCCCUCCCAGACGGCGCCGUGUCCAUCCACAACUCGUAUUUCAACCGCGUGGAUUACAUCUGCAAAGUGGGCUGCCACUCGGGCUACUACGACUCCACGCUCGACAUCGCCGCCUGCGCCUUCACCUCCGACGGGUCGGGCUACAGCUCCACGCAGUUUGAGGUCCUGGUCAACAAAGAUGACUUUGAGAUUCUGGAGUGGAAAGAGGGCUACGGCGGUUCAGUGACACACAAUUCGGUAAAGAUCUGCGCCAACAACGACAUUUACAUCGGUAAGAAUAAGUACGGACUGGGGGAAGUCAAGGUUAGCGAAAAGGUGUUCAAUCUUCCCUGGGGCGGAAGCCGUUAUUGGUACAGCAGUUACAUGGUCCUGGAGACCAUGAGAGACGUCAAGAGAGAGCACUUGAUGGACGUCCAGUACAAGAUGGCGGCUGCCAAAUCCAUUGAGAAUCCCCCCGAGGUCUUGAACAGGAACAGCAUUUCAAACGGGCAGUGUGAGUCCGCCACGCAUGUGGUCACCCUCUCGAAGAGCGUCACGUCAACUCAAAAGUGGGAGAUCAAUUUCGCCCUCACGGUGGGAGUCGGUACCACCAUCGAGACGGGAAUCCCCUUCAUCGCCCAAGGGAAGAUCGACCUCAGGGCCUCCUUCACCUACAGGUUGAACAAAGAGGACACCCGCUCGGAGACCACCACCCACUCUCUGACGCUGGAGACGACGGUGCCCGCCAGUCACUCGUGCGUCAUCAAAAUGGAGGGCAAGAAGUACAGCUUGGACGUCCCGUACACGGCGCGCCUCAAGCGCACCUACCGCAACGGGGAGACCACGUGGACCACCGUCACCGGGACCUUCAAGGGCGUCCAGAUCUCGGAGGUUCAAGCUGAUAUGGAACGCUGCCGACGUCUGCCAAACGUUAGGCCUUGUUAA